UAAUGGAAAUUUCUCUGGACAAAGUUGCCACCUCCGUUCUUUUUGUUAUAAUGACAACGUUGUCAUCCAUGAUUCUGAAUUGAGUGUGGUUAAGCCCAAAAUAUUUAGAGAGGUGCUUGAGAAAGCAAGGUCUUGUAGGCAACCUAUAGACUUUUCUUCGGGGACACGAAGGAUAGCUCUAUGAUGUUAAAGCAAGCUUGUUCUAAACCCAUAGAACUCUCUGAUGAUAUUGUGCCACGUGUUCUCCCCUUUGAACAUCACACAGUGAAGCAUUAUGGCAAGAAUUCUUUUACAUGGCUUGGCCCAAGACCCCGUAUUAACAUUAUGAGCCCUGAACAAAUCAAAGAUGUUUUCACCAAGAUAGGUGACUUUCAGAAGCCCAAAACAAAUCCACUUACUAGAUUGCUUGCAAUGGGAGUAAUAAACUACGAGGGUGAGAAAUGGGCUAAACACAGAAAGAUUAUCAACCCUGCUUUCCAUUUAGAGAAGUUGAAGCUUAUGUUACCUGCAUUUUAUCAAAGUUGCAUUGAUAUGAUUAGCCAGUGGGAGAGGUUGACCUCUAAAAAUGGAUCCUGUGAGUUAGACGUAUGGCCUUAUCUUGAAAACAUGUCAAGCGAAGUGAUUUCAAGAACAGCAUUUGGACGUAGCUAUAAAGAAGGAAGAAGAAUAUUUGAACUUCAAAAAGAGCAAGCACAACUUUUUGUAAAAGUAUCACAAUUUGUAUACUUUCCUGGACUAAGAUUUCUGCCCGAGAGAUUCCAUGCCAAGAUCAUGAUGAUAGAAGAAUCAAAGGAUAUUGACAAAAUUCCUUUGACUGAGCUAGUUGGUAAUCUGCAGACCUACAAGCUAGGGUUGACUAGGAUUGGCAAGACAGGUAAAGGCAAGAGCAUGGCUUUAAAGGCCAAGAGCAGUGAGAUAGAUGAUUCUUCAAAUGAUGAAGAUUCUAAGAUGAAGUCUUACAUCACUAGAUAG